AGCUCCCUCGCCGUCGCUUGGAAGCUCUGUGGCCGUCACCGUCUCCCCUGUUCAAGCGCUCUCUCUCUCUCUCUGUGUUCGCCGGUGUGGCCGUCUCCUUUGUCGUCGCCGUCACUCCCCUUCCUCCUCGCUGCCGGGAAGCAGUAAGCACUCUGACUCUCUGAGUGUUGAUGCAGUUUGGCGCCUGCGCUUCACAGUCACAGCUGGUCUUCACUUCACUUCUCCAGAUGUUAUGGCUGAUAUUGAUCCCCACACCUUGACCUGCCACGCCUGCGGAAACGUCGGUCUCGUCGACGGCGAUGACGGAUUUUUCUACUGCAACCGCUGCGGUUCCCGCUCCGAGGAUGUUGUCGACACCGCCGUCGAUGACAACGAUCUCUACAAAAGCGGCGGCGCCUCCGCCGGCAUAUACCUCGCCAGCCAGCAGCGCUAUCGAACUUCAACCGUCGGACUCAAAGCGGAACCAAUCUCCCAGUACGACUCACAAUCGGUUCUCCUCCGCAACCUCGGGUUGGACGACGAGGACAACCAAACCCCUGGCCGGAGCAACGCCGUCGAGGUGAAGAGAGAGGAGGAGAAUUACGCUCCGCUUUUCGGCAAUAUUCACUCUGUUCCCGAAGAUUUUGCUGACGUGGCUGGCGCCAAUGUUCUGAGCUUUGAGGAUUACCAGAAUGAAGUUAGGAUGAGGUACGUGUUAGGGUUGCAGAUUAUGGUUCAGCUUCAGUGUGAGGCGUUGGUUAAGGAGUUCAAGGUUACGCCUUUGAUUUGCGGGUUGAUGCAGCCCAUUUGGUUGAGGUUCGUGUUCGGAACUGGUGUCUUCAAUGAUGAUUGGGCUGAUCAAGUUAUCCAUGACUCUGAGAUGCAGCAUGAAGAAGAAGAACCCAAAGAUCGUAAGACACGGGCUAAAUACAGAGAUGAACCCUACAAUUUAUAUGGUCAGCGUGCCGUGAUGAUAUGGUUCAGGGCCUUAAAGAAAAGGAUUCCACCAUCCUGUACUCUUGCUGUUUCUUUUCUGGCAUGUCAUGUUGCAAGGGAACCUGUCCUGCCGUCUGACUUAAUCAAGGGGACACUGGAAGCGAAGAUUCCGUAUAUUUCUGCAUUUGUUGAAAUUGAAAAGCGUCUUGGACGGCCAUCAAGUGCAUGUCCUAUUAGUUCAAGUGUGAUGUUCAAGCCUCAGCGAGUUCUUAUGGUGCUGAAACUAGAAACAUUUGCUGCAUCAAUUGCUCAGUUCAUAGGCUUGGAGUUACCUCCUGUGAAUUUCUUUGGAAUAGCACGUCGAUAUCUUCAGAGAUUAUCUCUUCCUUCUGAAAAGAUUCUUCCUCAUGUAAGCCGCAUAUAUGAAUGGGCCAUGCCUCCAGAUUUGUGGUUAUCCUUAUCCGAAAGACAUUUUAAGCUACCUAUUCAUGUUUGUGUGAUGUCAAUUCUGGUUGUAGCAAUAAGAAUGUUGUUUAACAUAAAUGGUUCGGGAGAAUGGGAGAAAAGUUUGUCCAACAAAGGUAAUACCAAAGACAAUGGUGAGAAGGGUACAGCUUUUUCCCCCCGUGAUAGACCUAAUUCUAGUGAAGAAGAUUCGGAUAAAGACAAAAUGAAACAACAGGAAAAUGAAUUAGACACUUCAGGACUUCUCCAACACCUUCAAGCAAUAUAUAAUGAUCUUGCAGAUAUCCAAGAUUAUUCAAAAGACCUGUCAACAUAUCUCAAACACUGUAGGGAUGUUAUCUUUGCUGGGUCAGAGGCGUCAUAUGGGAAUUACAAAGAAGAAAAGAUGAUAGAGUACUUAUGGAACUUUUAUAUGAAUGAAAAGGAUACUAAGCCUUCAGUACAUGGAGAACAAUCUAACAGGUCUCUUAAUGAAACAAGGUCGAGGGAUAAUGCAUCGGUUGGUAGGACAUCUCAGAGGGAGAGGACAAGUAAAGAACAUUCUAAUCAGCCAUCUCUUAAUGACGCCACCAGCCUUGAAAAUCAUUUGCCUGAAAAUGUGGAUAAAGAUGAUGGGGACAAUGACAAGGACAAUGAUUCCUCAAAGAGUUUUAGAGGCCGUGAUGAAUCAGAUUCCAAUGCGCACAGUUCAGAAAAACCUCAUGUCAAGGAAGCCAUUGCACGGAUGAAGUUAGACAUGGAGGAGAAUAGGUUCUACUAUAUACCACCUAUUGUCAAGAAGAAAAGACGACACAAUUAUCUUCACUAUGUGAGGAAGAUAGAUGAAGGUGCCUUGGAGUAUGUUGCUCAUGCUGAUUACUACAUCCUGCUUCGGGCUUGCGCUAGGGUCGCACAAGUUGACGUUCGGAUUAUGCAUAUUGGUGUGUUGAAGCUCGAAAGAAGACUUGCUUGGUUAGAGGAACAGAUCGACGAAUGCUUGCAGUUGAAACCAGAGAAAAUUUCGUGCAAGUUCUGCAGUGAUGCGGCCCCUGAAAAUGAAUCUGAUGAUGUACCUGGGCUGUCAGAUUUGGAUAUUUGAGAAUUAUUUUUCCUUGUUAUAGUUUAAAAAUCAAUGCUUCGUACACAUUUUGAUGGUUUCAACAUAACAGGUUAAGAUGGAAGUUUAUUAUGAAUAUCAAGGAUCAAUGUAGUCAUGUAGAUAAACUUUAUGAUUUGUUAAAUUCUGAUUUUAAGAUGGUUGCAUGUGUUAAAUUCUGAUUUGCAAAGCAUUUUUGAUAUCAUAAUUGCUUUGUAUUUAAAAGACUUCUCAAAUUAUUUCUGUGAUGUUUAAAUACCUUUUGGAGUUAGGGCACAAGUAUCAUACUAUAUAUAUAUAAUCAGAAUUGGUGUUUCACAUUUAUUUGCCCAUAAUUCACUCUGUAUAAUUGUGUGUUGUAAAAUAUGCUUAACUAUUGCUAUUUUUCCUGCCGUAAUAGAGUUACCUGGAGUUCUUUGGGUGCUGCCGGAUUCAUAUCUUGAUGUUCCCAACAAGGACUAUGGGGCUGGGUUUUGGACCCUGACAUAAUCAACAUGUGACUUAUUUGUUGAUGGGAAAGUGAUUCCAAGGCCGCAGUAUAGAUAUUCUGAGAGGCAACCAACUAGGAGCAGACCUCGGCCACGGCAUGACAGGCGUCGUGAAACAAUGCAGGUUGAAAGGAGAGACCCUGUUCAAAGACAGGAAUGGAACCAAAGUCAGGGAGGACCUAUGCAGCAAUCGACUCCAAUGAACAGUCAAAACUCUCCUUCUGGUGGACCAAAAUGUUAAACAUGAUCUCUGCUUGACAAAUUUCCCCCAUAUAACUAAGAGAACUUAGUAGUUGUAGUGGAGAAUUCUGAUUUAAGUUCUGAAUCUGAAGGCAUUGUAUGUCCCAUGGUUUUUUAUUUGGAAAUGACUCUGCCUGAACUUGGACAUCAUAUGAUUAGAAUCUUUAGUAUCAUUAUGAUGAUGUGAUAUCCAAUUCAGAUCGUUUACUAUUAAAUUGAUAAACUUUUGGUUGAU